AUGCAGGCAUACGCAGAUGCUGCCAGGGAGGAGUUGAAGCAAGAGCUGAUUGGUGAUGGUCUCGCUGGGCGGCUGUCGCUGAGUACGGACAUCUGGACCAGUGAGAACAAUGUUGCUUUCAUGGUUGUUACCGUCCACAGGAUCACUAAAGACUUCCAGCUGCGGCAGCACAUCCUGGAUUUCGUGCAGUUGGAGGGGUCACACACCGCAUCGCUGAUAGCGAAGACUCUUGAGGGCAUUCUGGCAGAAUGGGGACUGACCGAGAUGCUGUUCGCCGUCACGACGGAUAAUGCUGAGAACAACAACAAGGCCAUGCGCAUGCUUGCAGGGAUCCAGCUGAGGGCACGAUGGCGAGGAUUGAGUUCCCCUUGUUCCACGGAGAUCGUCACCUGCAUUGCACAUGUCAUGAACAUUGCGGUGCAGGCGGCAUUGAAGAAAGAUGUGGUGACAGAGGCGCUGAAGCGUCUGCGAGCUGUGUGUUCGUACGUCGGGUGGUCAGUCCAGCGCUCGGAGAACUUCGCACAGCAGCAGCGCAUCCUGCUGCGGCGGGAUGAUGCACCCGUGCUUCGUCUGAUUAGCGACUCACCGACACGAUGGGGGUCCACGUAUGACAUGAUCGUCCGUGCGUUGGAGCUGCAGCAGGCACUGGCCUUGCUCCUCAUGAGGACAGACGUGAGUGGUGAUGGUACUGAGCAUGGAGUGACCGCAGCAAUGGGCUGGUCUGGUGUACGCGAGCAGCUGGAUGGCCUUCGGCUGUCCGACGUGCACUGGGACGCUCUCGUCGAGCUCAAGGAGUUCCUUGAGCCGUUCAACUCCAUCACGAAGGCAGCCGAGGGUUCCUUGUACCCCACGGCUGCCUCGGUCGUGCCGCUGUACAACCAGCUGCUGGACAAGCUGGAAAUCUCCUUCCGCAAAGAGGGUGUCACUCCCCUCCGACAGGCUCUCAUCACUGCAGCUCUUGACAAGCUGAAGAAGUACAAGUACGGGGAGAAGGAAGAGCUGGUGGUUGCCACCUUCCUGGACCCCCGCUACAAGACAGUCUUCUUCCAGCUGCCGAAAUGGGAGGCGCGCAAUGCUGCGCACGUGACAGAGGUGGGGGGGUGUGCAAGGAGGGUGCAGGAUGUGGAUGAAGGGACGGUGAUACGGCUGGUGCGUGCGCGUAUGGCCGAGUAUCAGGCGCGGGUGAACACCCGCCAGCAGGGUGGUGAGGUCACGAGUGAUACCGGGGGGGCCACUGGGCCUAGCAGCGUGACUGGUGGGGCCUCGGGCACGACGGGGGCUGGUGGAGGUGGGGGAGGGGGCUUUGAGCACUCCAUCUUUGACGAGAUGGAUGCCCUGGAGGCAGCUGCUGGAGGGGGGGCACAGGAUGAGUGCAAUAGGGCAGUCGGACUCUCCCUGUUCGAUCUCACCUCUGGUGCCUUUCCUGCCCCGCCUGCUAGUGCUGACAGCACUGUUCGCUCACAGUGGGCCACACGCGAUGCUGCUGCAUGUCUUGCUGUGCGUCGCCACUUACCGACCGCUGAGCGUGCGCACUUUAGUCAGUACAAGAGUGCUAAGACCUUGUACGACGCUGUAGUUGUACGCUACUCUUCCCCUGCCACUGCUGCUCUUAGCCGCCUCCAACUGCCGUACUUGUUCCCUGACCUUGCUGCCUUUCACACAAUCGCUGACCUCAUUACGCACCUUCGCACUAGUGACACUCGCAACCGCGCUGCGCUUCCUGCUGAGUUCUGCGCCAAGAACCCUCCCCCCAUGUACAUCACCCUCUACUACAUAGUCACCCGGCUCCGUGACUCCCUUCGCGUAGUCAGGGACCACUUCCUCUCAGUUUGCCCCACCACACUCACCGAUGACCUCCUUCAGGAACGCCUCCUAGUAGCGGAGAAGAGUAUAGUUGUUGUAGGAGCCUCUACAGGCGACCCGCGUGCCCCUGUCUUUGAGGGGUGCUCCCCCUCCCCCCUUUUGCCCUCUGUUGCCUCUGCUGCUGCCGUUGACUUCGUUGGCACCGAGUCGGUCGGCGCUGCGUCUGCCCCUAGCGGGCGACGCUGCACCGGCAAGGGCAAGGGGGGCAAGGGCGCUGGAGGGGCUGGCGGGGGCGGUGGAGGUGGAGGUGGAGGAGGCGGAGGGAGUGGGGGUGGUGGUGGGGGUGGUGGCGGGAGUGGGAGCUUCGGUGGCGGUGGGGGUGCUGGUCCCUGUACCUACGUCCUCAGUACCGGCGACCGAGCUGGUAAGCAGUGCGGGGGCUUGCACUCCACCCAGCGCUGCUUCGGCCACCUGACGGACACUUGGCGUCUCCAGUUCCCUUACGCCACUGAGAUCCCUCGCUGGGGAGAGCUGUCUAGGGUGGGGGUUGCUAUCUUUGAUCUUGACUAUGAUGCUAUUCUUGCUGCCAUGUAUGCUGUGUCUACCAGUCAUGAGGGUGACUGCUACCUGUGUCUUCCGCCUGACCCGGGCAUUGAGGCUGCUGCUCUAGGUGCUGGUGAGGCUACUACUCUAGGUGCUAGUGCGUCUGCUGCCCCAGGUGCUGGUGAGUCUGCUCUCUCAGGUACCACGUCGGCUCAGGCCUUACACACCUUCACCCUUGACUCGGGUGCUUCCCGCUCCUUCUUUCGAGACCGCACCAUGCUUACGCCGCUUAGUCGGCCAGAUGCGGUCUCCCUGGCUGACCCCUCUGUGGGUCAUACCCUUGCCCACUUCUCCACUGUCUUACCGUGUCCAGCGGCCUCCUCUGGCACCCUGUCAGGUCUCUACCUCCCCUCGUUCUCUACGAAGUUGGCGAGUGGUGCUGAUCUAUAG